GCCGCGGCCACCAGGCGCGCCCAGUCGCACGUGGCGGACCCGCCCCCUGGGCCGGCCGUGCCCUGGACUCCGCGGGCCCAGGUUCUCCGGCCCUCCGCCCCGGCCCCGUGGGCGCGAUGAGCUUCCUGAGCCGGCAGCAGCCGCCGCCGCCCCUCCGCGCCGGGGCCUCGUGCACCUUGCGCCAGAAGCUGAUCUUCUCGCCCAGCAGCGACUGUGAGGAGGAGGAGGAGGAAGAGGAGGAGGAAGGCAGUGGCCACAGCACCGGGGAGGACUCGGCCUUUCAGGAGCCUGACUCGCCGCUACCGCCCGCGCGGAGCCCCACAGAGCCCGGGCCCGAGCGCCGCCGCUCACCCGGCCCGGCCCCCGGCAGCCCCGGAGAGCUGGAGGAGGACAUGCUGCUGCGGGGCGCCUGCCCAGGCGCGGACGCGGCGGGCGGCGGGGCCGAGGGCGACUCGUGGGAGGAAGAGGGCUUCGGCUCCUCGUCGCCGGUCAAGUCGCCUGCAGCCGCUUACUUUCUGGGCAGCUCGUUCUCGCCUGUGCGCUGCGGCGGCCCGGGGGAUGCGUCCCCGCGGGGCUGCGGAGCGCGCGGGGCUGGCGAGGGCCCCUGCUCGCCGCUGCCCGACCACCCGGGCACCCCGCCCCACAAGACCUUCCGCAAGCUGCGGCUCUUCGACACGCCGCACACCCCCAAGAGUUUGCUCUCCAAAGCUCGAGGAAUCGAUUCCAGUUCUGUUAAACUCCGAGGUGGUUCUCUAUUCAUGGAUACAGAAAAGUCAGGAAAAAGGGAAUUUGACAUACGACAGACUCCUCAAGUGAAUAUUAAUCCUUUUACUCCAGAUUCUGUGUUACUUCAUUCCUCAGGACAGUGUCGUAGAAGAAAGAGAACAUACUGGAAUGAUUCCUGUGGUGAAGACAUGGAAGCCAGUGAUUAUGAGUUUGAAGAUGAAACAAGACCUGCUAAAAGAAUUACAAUUACUGAAAGCAAUAUGAAGUCACGGUAUACAACAGAAUUUCAUGAGCUAGAGAAGAUUGGCUCUGGAGAAUUUGGUUCUGUGUUUAAAUGUGUGAAGAGACUGGAUGGAUGCAUUUAUGCCAUAAAGCGAUCAAAAAAGCCAUUGGCUGGCUCUGUUGAUGAGCAGAACGCUUUGAGAGAAGUAUAUGCUCAUGCAGUGCUUGGACAACAUUCUCAUGUAGUUCGAUAUUUCUCUGCAUGGGCAGAAGAUGACCAUAUGCUUAUACAGAAUGAAUAUUGUAAUGGUGGAAGUUUAGCUGAUGCCAUAAGUGAAAAUUACAGAAGCAUGAGUUACUUUACAGAAGCAGAGUUGAAGGAUCUCCUUUUGCAAGUUGGCCGGGGCUUGAGGUAUAUUCAUUCAAUGUCUUUGGUUCACAUGGAUAUAAAACCUAGUAAGUAUUAUAGAUCCUCUGACCUGUGUUCUUUAGGGUUAUAG